AUGCAUGUGCCUGUGAGGAGUCAUGAGAGAGCACAGCGUGUGCCCAGUGGGCAAGAUGCUGUUUCCACUUCAUCCUUAUCCUCAGGACAGGAUUCAGGCAUCAACAUGAAAUGUAUGCUCUUAACCUUGCUGAUGGUGACUGGUGUUGUGUCAUUUGUUAGUGAAGAGUUAGAUCAUCUUCCCUACUUAUUAUACCUGAGUUCCGGUUACAAGUCCUGUGUGGGGAUUCUGAUUGCCCCUCAGUGGGUGAUGACAGCAGCACACUGCUUCUUACCAGAUCUCCAGGUCAUCUUUCAUGGUGGUUCCCCAAAUUUUCUAAACUUUAAUGGGGAGAUUCUACCUUAUGAGAAGAUCAUCAUUGAUUCAAACUUCACUGUCACUUCUCCUAAAAUACCUCUCACUUUCUUCUCCACCGAGAUUUUUCAGUUACCUACUAACAAGAACAAUGAAGUUAAAGAUUGCUUGCUUAACACCUGGUUAGAGAAUAAAGACUUUCUUGGUGAGUGA